AUGGUCACUGAUAAGGACGGCUCCUCCUCUGCCUCCAUCUCCACCGUCUACCCCGUCUUCGGCCGUCACACCAGGGGCAUUGCGCUACCAAGACGCUACAAGACCACCUUCGUCACCACCAUCACAAGCCGUGUUCCGGCUGCUGCUGCUGCUGCAAGUAGGAUGGAAGGCCCUUGGAAGCACUUUGGAAACAUGGUUACGUCGCUACCAAAUACCACUUGCCACGCUUGUUGCCUCGUCUCUGUCCGUCUCCCCAUUCGCCAGCCACCACGUAUUGUGGUACAAUGCGAUAUGCACAUGUACCUCAGCUGUGAAAUCUGUAUCUUCGAUGCCCGGUCUUUCGUCUCCUCGCUACAUGUCGAGCAUCUCCACUUGCUGAUGUUGAUGGGUUUUGUGGUGCCUCAGCCUCGACUCCGCUGGUCUUGGCACCUCCAUAACCGAAACACCCCAUCCAUCCUUCGGCUCGAGGCCGGUAGAACGGUCAUGAUAGUGCAUUUCUCGGUUAUGCUCCGUGGUGUUUACCUAAUACCCGACGAAUGUCUUUCUAAAAAAGAUGACUUUGUCCUCGUGUUUCGUUACAGACACAAAGUCAAAAAGUCAAAUCUCGAUAUCGUGAGACGCAUUGACGAAUGGUCCAAGCGAAUGGCGGGCCCGCGUUCGACGAUCGAGUUCACGAGUCAGCUGAGAGGAGGACCCUGA